UUUAGUAAUAAAAUUUAAAAUAUUUUUAAUUCAUAAAUUAAAUUAAAAAAAAAAAAAUAGAAAUGAAAUAUUUUAGUGUUGUCUUAAGUGUUUCUUUCAAAACCAUAAUAUUUUUAACAGUAGUUCGUUCAGAUGAUGAACUUGCUCUUGAUUUUGCACCCUGUAAUGAAAAUAAUUUAGAUGAAUGUUUUAAGGAUAUUAUGCAAAAUCAAUUAAUUGCAAAUAAAGAUGGAUCAGAAAUAUUAGGUAUACCACCAUUAGAUCCAUUAGAAAUUCAAAAACAAAGAGUUGAUUAUAAUGGUCAAAAUGGUAUUGAAGUUGGUAUGUUACUUGAAAAUGUUAAAAUUCAUGGAUUAUGUGAAUCAAAAAUAAAAAAUGUUCAAACAUCAUUAGAUGAAAUUGGUUUAAAUGUAACAAGUGAUGUAUAUACACCAAAACUUCAAGUAACUGGAAAUUAUAAAGCAAAUAUUAAAAUGAAUGAUUUGAAAAUUCGUCCAAAAGGAGAAUUUAAUAUAAUAAUUAAUGAUGCUGAUAAUGUUCAAACAGUUAUUUCGGAAUUUGAUAUUUUAAAUAAUACAAAAAUAUUAAAUAUUAAAAAUAUAACAAUGGAUGCAAAUGUUGGUCAAAUAAUAUUUAAUGCAACUGGAAUAUUUCCUGAUCCAGCCUUAAAUGAAUUUGCAGUUCAAUUAAUAAAUCGAAAUUUACCGAAUUUUUAUAAAUUAAUAAUACAAGAAUCACAAUUCAUAUGGGAACCUUUAAUAAUAAAUGCAUCAAAU